AUGAACCGGCUUCAGAUAGAAAGAAAACCGUUCUUGACACCACUAAAUGAAGAAACAAAACAUGAAGGAGAAAAUCGAUUGGUAAAGACUGAACUCCCACCUCAAAAAAUCUUGAAAAUUGCUUUGGACAAUUGCCUUCCUGUAGUUUCAUGCCAUCAGGGACUGUUUCCUGAGCUAACCCCGAGGACUGUGGAUGAGUUGCCUCCCCCCCCCAAAAUAGACAAAUACAGACUUGCAAGAUUUUUAACAGACAAGGCCAUCAGGGAAAAGAGAAUUUUUACCAUCUGUGGACCUUACCCGGUAAUCCGCUCAGCUUUAAAGAAGAGAGGAUGGGUGGAAAAAAAGCACACCCUUAAAACUGACAUUCCAGACCGUAAAGAUGAUGGGAAUGAAACAGAGCGUGAUCAAGUUGGCAAAACAGAAAGCAAAACGGCCUUGCGUGAAGAGGAAAGUCAUCUUAACAAUUCAUAUGACAUCCAUGAUAUAAUGUCUAGGUUGGUAAGAAAUGAAGAAACCUCCUUUUACUGGACUAUAAAAAAGGAUGCGGUUGAUUACUAUAAUCUCCACAUUGAUCAGAUGCUGAACCAUUAUGCGAGAACUGGCUCCUUUACAACCAAAAUUGGACUUUGUUUGCACAUGAGGAAUUUGCCAUGGUAUGUGUCAGCCAACCCAAACUGUUUCUUCCCUCGAUGUUAUGGCAUAUGCAUGGAUGAUGAGAAAUUUGAUUUUAUUGAUGACUUCAGGAAAACAGCAGCAUGCUCCAUAAUCAAAUGGGUUGUCAAUUUACAUAUUUCUGGUGAUAACUAUAACUGGCCAUGUAAAGAAAACACUAAUAAAGACGAUACAACUCAAAUGAAAGAUCCUGAUGAAAAGAAAGUUAAGGAACUUCCUGGAGAACUAGUAGAAAUGGCAUGCAAAGUGUGUGAAACCUAUCUUGAACAAAUUGAACAUGAUGACAUCGACUCAGACAUAGACGGUCCUCCAGUACUUUCUGACAGAGAAUGGAAUCAAUUAAUUGAACAGUACUACUGUCUCAUUCAUGAGGGUGCAGUGAUUUGUAAUGCAGACAACUACUUCACUCAGUGUCAAAAUAUUUUGCACAGAAUUAUGCUAAUAAACCCGCAACAAGAUAUUGAUGGUCUCCACAACAUCUGGAUUAUUAAACCUGGAGCAAAAUCCCGUGGCAGAGAAAUAGUAUGCAAGAACCGACUGGAUGAUAUAUUGAAACUAGUUGAACCAACUGACCAGUUUCCAAUAAAGGAUCAUAAGUGGGUGGUCCAAAAGUAUAUUGAGACCCCACUAUUGCUAUACGAUGCAAAGUUUGAUAUUAGGCAGUGGUUUCUUGUGACAGACUGGAACCCCCUGACUUUAUGGUUCUACAAAGAAAGCUAUCUCAGAUUUUCCACUCAGCGAUUCUCCUUAGACAAUCUGCACAGCUCAAUUCACCUUUGCAAUAAUUCCAUCCAGAAGAACUACAAGAAUGCACCAGACCGCAGCUCUCAAUUGCCCCAUCACAAUAUGUGGACAAGCAGCAAAUUCCAAGAGUAUUUGCAAAAGAGAGGCCUUGGCCAUAUCUGGCGCAAUGUUAUCUAUCCAUCCAUGAAAAAAAUAUUAAUCUAUACAAUGAAGAUGGCUCAGGAACAGGUUGAACCUCGGAGGAGUAGUUUUGAACUCUAUGGAGCAGAUUUCAUUCUUGGAAAUGACUUUAAACCUUGGUUGAUUGAAAUCAACAGUAGUCCAACCAUGUAUCCUUCCACUCCAAUAACGUCAGACCUAUGUGCUCAGGUUCAAGAAGACACAAUCAAGGUAGUGAUUGACAGGAAGCUCGACAAAAACUGUGACAUUGGACAAUUUGAACUUCUGUGGAGACAGCCCAUGUUGGAUAUGCCACCAUUUAAUCCUACAGACCUUUUUGUGGAAGGAAUCAAUGUUAAGAGAUUGAAAAAGCACAUAGUUGCAAUCAGUAAUUUUAAUUUUCUUGAACCAUUGCUGGGGGUAACACAAUCUGCAACCAAUCAAGAAAUCAAAGGCGACUCAGUGGCACCUGUCAACGACAAGCAAAAUGUAAAAGUAAAACAUGGAAAUAACGUUCCUUGCACUUUGCCAAAGACCCUCAAGAAGCUGCAAGAGAAAAGCCUUAAAGUAAAAAGCACACACAAAAAACCUGUCCACACCAUAGACUUUCCUUGCAUAGUUUAUAGUCCUGAAGCAACAUCUGUAUCUGAUAAAAAAAAGACGAAAGCAAUUAAAGAGCCAAGCCAUCAGAUUGGAAAUCAAGCUGUCACUACAUCUCAAAAGCCACAUGCACUAGAUUGGGCAUUACUUCAGCCCUCUAAAGAUACAGGUCUGCAGAACAAAAACAAGAAGACUCCAUGCCUAAUUUGUGGAGAUGGUUUCCAGUCGGAGAAAGCUUGUAAACACUGCAACUCUUUUUGUGCAACUGUAUUACAAGGAGGUUCAUACUUACCUAUGAGUCCAUGUCCUCCUCCUGAAAAGAUGACAAAGAACAGGCUGACAGUCCCAUGUUAUGGGCUUCCAAAAUACUUUUGA